AUGAUACAAGAGCUCGAGUCUUCGAACAUGGCGACGGUGCGACUGCGCAGGGCGUUUCGCUAUCCCGACGACUCAGACGGACAUGAAGAACUCGAUGAACAGGAGCAGGAGCAGCUGAUUCAGCAGUUGCAGCAUCAGAACAAUGCCCGCAACGCCCAGUACAGUGUCAUAUUCACGGUCAUUUCACUGGUACCGGUCACAGCCUUCCUGCCUUCGAUGCUUACGACAGGUAGCAGUCUGAUGGAACGCUUCCUCUCUCUCUUGAGCAUCCUCUCGCUGCUUGUAACGGCAUAUAUAAUGCAGAUCUCUCCUCUUCACCCGGAUCGCAAGGGUAAAGGACCCAUGAUGGUCGAUCAAGAACAUUUCUCUUGGCUCCGUUCCAACCUAGUCCCAAUGAACGGAAUGCUUGGCCUGCUGCUGACCCUGGCCUAUCUCUUCUCCGGACUGGGCCUGACAUUCAUGAUCCGGCCUGUAUUAUAUCUGAUUCCUGGUGCUUUACUAGCAGCUAUUUUAGUAGCUCGAAAAACCAUGCUUUCGGUGGAUCUCUCAACCCUCAAAGACCUGCAAUAUGAGUACAAAGGCGCAUAG